CUGCUCUGAAAGUGCUGCCAGUCUGUCUGAAUCGCGCCAUGGCCGACCAACGAGCACACAUGCAAUCCCUGACCGACGAGUAUCAAGGUUUGCAGACCGAGCUCACCACCCUGAUCUCCGCUCGGCAAAAGCUCGAAUCCCAGCAACAGGAGAAUGCAAGUGUGAAGAAGGAGUUCAAAGAUCUCGACGAUGAUGCAAAGAUCUACAAGCUCGUCGGCCCUGUGCUGCUGAAGCAGGAGACCUCCGAGGCGAAGAGCACGGUGGAGGGAAGACUGGAGUACAUUGAGAAGGAAAUCAAAAGAAUCGAGGAGAGCAUCAAGGGUAUCCAGGAGAAGAGUGAGGGGAAGAAGAUGCAGAUCAUGCAGCUGCAGAACCAAAUGCAGCCAGCACAGCCAUAGAGGCGCGCAGCUACAGCAAUCGAGACGUGGAUGGGAGACACACACGUCCAAUCGCGGAUCGCGGCUUGGGUUUCCAUACUUCAGCCCGCUGAUACCACCAUCACGGAGUGUUCGAGACAUGCAGCUCGAGUAUGGCCGUGUGAAGUUCGGACCCGACACAUCCCGGCAGUAUUCUAUCGGUCGCCUCCCAUCUGGACCGGCUUCGCUAGGGACCGUGGACCCUGAUCUUCACGCUCCUAGUCCGGACAGCGGAAUCGUCUAUCAGGCACCGGGUUGGACAUGCAGCUCAGUUCAGCCUAUUGCUACUAGCUCUGGACCCUUCAAUGGUUAUCGUUCGGGCCACGCAAUCCGGCAGCACUGCCCGCUCCACCCGCUGCGGUAUUUUUUGGCAAGACUAGCACGUGGUAGAUCCUAGGGUCAAUGCAAAUGUCGCCCCGUCACGGUUACGACUGCAAUGGGGACUUCGGACCGGUAGGAUCCCCA